CUAAUUGGAGAGAGACGUAAUUGCUUCCUCCCCAGACCACUGAGUGCACUGGGUCAGUAAGCGUGCAGAGGAUCACUCGCGCCCGUUCACUUCUCAGGACUUUCUGAAAGGAGGAUGACGAACGCACCUGUCUCCGGUUAGUGGAAGUAUCACGACGGCUCUGGCCGAAAAGACGAUCCCUGCCUCGCCCUGCCCUGUGCCAGAGGAGCUGUGUGGACAAGAUGCUGCUGAAGACCUCCCACUACAUCGAGCUGGGCAGCUACCAGCACUGGCCCGUGCUGAUCCCCCAGAGGAUCAGGCUGUACACCUACGAGCAGAUCCCCCUCUUCCUCAAGGAGAACCCCUUCAUCACGGACGGAUACAGGGCCCACCUGCCCUCCAAGCUCUGCCUCAAGAGUAUUUUCAUUCUGUCCAAUGAGACGGUGAAUAUCUGGAGCCACCUGCUCGGCUUCCUCCUCUUCUUCUCUCUGGGGGUCAACGACAUCUCCACUGUGCUGCCUGCCUCCGGAGCCAAGAGGGAGGACUACGUCAUCUACACCAUAGGGCUGUUCUGCUUCCAGGUGUGCAUGUUGUGCUCGGUGGGAUAUCACAUGUUUUCGUGCCACCGAUCGGAGAAGACCUGCCGUCGCUGGCUGGCGUUGGACUACGCGGGCAUCUCUGUUGGCAUCUUGGGCUGCUACGUACCUGGGAUCUUCUAUGCCUUCUACUGUAACGCUUUUUGGCGACAGGUCUAUCUGUUGACUGUGCUCUCCCUGAUCCUGGCCGUCUUCUGCGCUCAGGUCCACCCGCGUUACCUCAGCAACGACUGGCAACGCAUACGCGUGGCCAUCUUCUGCUGCGUUGCUGGCAUCAGUGUGAUUCCUGCGUGCCACUGGGUCUGGCUCACUGACGGAAUCAGCUCUGAUGUUGUACAGCUGUUCCUGCCUCGUGUGAUGGGAAUGUACCUGAUCGCCGGAUCCGCCUUCCUGUUCUACGUCACCAAAAUCCCUGAGCGCUACUUUCCUGGCCAGCUGAACUACCUGGGCGCCAGCCACCAGGUGUGGCACGUACUGGUGGUUGCGAUGUUUUACUGGUGGCACCAGACGGCCGUGCACAUCAUGCGCUUCAGGCACAGUCAGCCGUGCCCGACCCGCAGCAGCAGCUAAGUGAAGAAUGAUCAAAUGAUGAAAUCGGUUGUGGGUUAAUAACCAAUUAAAAGUCAUCAUGAUAAUAUUCGAAACAUACCAAUUUCCAGUUUAAAUAUCUGUUGGGUAGAAGUUACUACCUGAAGGUCUGUCAACCACUAAGUAGCAGAAGCUAUUAGCUUUCUAAAAACUGAGUAUACUGUGACAGUAUUGAGUAGCUAUUAGCUUUCACUGAGCAACGGUUACUAUGUAGAUGCUGGUCGCUGGCCAGUCUACAGGCCAGUAACCUUUCUUUAAGUCUUCUUUAUCAGACAUGCACUGAGUACGUGAGAAAGCAAAAAUCUGAAAUGUUGCUCCUGGACAUUUUCAGGAUCUUUUCCUGCUUGCCCCCUUGUAAAACGUCCGGAGUGUGCCCAUGUGAAAAUACAGCAGGAAAAUAUCUGGGAAAGAUCCACGGCGAGCGAGUUGGCGCUCUACCCCUCACCUGAAUUUUUUCGGAAAUGUUCCUGAUGUCCUGUGACCUCAUAUAGCCCCGACAAUCUCCUGCUGCGUUCAGCAUAUGUGAACUCCGGCGAAGGUCCGGACCCAAUUUACCGGACAUUUUCCGGAAUUCAUGUCUGAGAACAGCUCAAGAAACAGUUGGUAUCACAUAACAAGUGGCCAGGCAACUUGGAUUAUCUUAAUAAAAGCGCAGUAGCCCGGAGCCUGUACUGGUUCCGAGCUCUUGGCUGGUAAGUGAUGCAGCUGCACCUCAAAGCCCCCUCCUAUCCCUGGAAAAUACAGCGUGCAACCCCCUGGUGUUGCAUUGUAACGAUUAGAUCAAUGCAUGGAGCAGGAAUAUUUUUUUAAAAUUAUGACAUUAAACAAUCUUUUGGUGUUAUCGAUAAUCAACAUCUCUCAGUUAACAUAAAGGCCUCCUGUGUGAACAAUGACUUGUGACUUGGUUCAUGUGUCACUCAUGUGCGCAAGAUUCGAUCAUAUGACUCGUGUGGACUGUAAAUUCAACAUUUGCAUUUGCUGGUCCCUGGAGAAUCUAAAAUAUUUUAAUCUUUUGAACAAAUCGUUAAAGGUCAAUCAGUUUGCAGAAUAAAAAAUAAAAAAAUGUUGGGAGCGGUUAUUUUAAUCUUUGGAACAAAUAUACGGAUGUUUUUAUUAAUGUAAUUUCAAGGGGGAAAAUGGACUACUGUAUGCCUUUCAUACACAAGUGGACAACACUUAUUGUGCAUAUUACAGCAUAUUACUAGAUAAUUUCUGUGAAGGCACGUUUUUGCGGACAGUCGGGUGAGCGGUAGCACAGUCACACGCCACGUCGGCAUUAUCACCUAUCGUCUGUAGUUGUUAUCAGGUCACACCUGGAUCACUUCUGUGGCUCUUCGGUCAUAAAGUCUUCCGUAAAAGGCUCGGCGAGAGAAAGACGAUCAUCGACUUGAUGCUUCUGUUCGACUAAGGCCAGUAUUGAGUCGUUACACGUACCUCAGAUGGCUAUCAUUCUCCUUCAUUUUUUGUGUUUAUUUCUAAAACAAUGUUUGUUAAAUAAUUUGCCUUAUAGUGUUUGAGUAUUGUUUACACACUUACUGUUACAAUCUGUUUUCUGGUCAAGAGGCGGAACAUAAACCAGAAAAAAAUUAUCAAACUCAGAUCAAAUAUCAUCUUUGCUGUUACACAAAAAGGCCAGUAUGUUGGGGGUUUUUUUCAUAGUGAGAUUUAAUAUUAAGAACAACUGCAGAACUGUAAAAUUAACUUCAUUUUGCCUUUUUUUUAGUUUUGAAUGUGUGUUUUAAUUUUGUGAACAUUACCCUUUGAUUAUCGCAAACUGCUCGACCUUUUCUUGUGAAUGAACUCCUGAUUGUUUUUUGCUUGUUUGUAUGAUGGCACUGACUUACAAGAUGUACAAUAUUUAUUUCAGUGCCUCUGAAAAUAUAUUUUCAAACAUUUUAAAUGAAUAAAGAAUGCUGGGAAAUAAUUUGUUAGUGAGUUUAUAUUUUGAGAACUCUAUCAUUUCAUUUAAAUUAUUAUUAUUUUGAUAAAAGUUGCCCAUUUACAAUAAAGAGUUAAUCAGACUAAACCCUUAUUAUAUUUAUAUUCAUGUACAGAAACCUCAUCCGUGUUGUUUGGGCUUUGAGGGUGGAAAGUUUUCGGUUCAGUUUUCCGCUCAGCGAUUAACUCAAAUAAUAAUUUGCCUUAAAACCAUCAUUUCAUCUCCUCACGUAGUAAUGAAUGUUUGUGCAGAAGGUGUCUGACAAGUAAUGAUGGAAAAUCCUCCUGAUCUCAAAGGUUGAUUUUCAACAGGUUUAUCAUUUUACGCACAACAACAAACUUAUUAGCAGCCAGCUAGCUUACUUUAGCGUAACGAGCCUGUCCGCAGGGAGCGAUAUCUGCCCACCAAUGCUUGGAAACCUUACGAAUUUAAAGUGUUACCUCUUAUUUGUUGAAUCCAUAGACAACAAACAAAAAGGUGUUCAAAAACAAAAAACUUGUAAUAAUGCCCUUUUGUCAUUUAUACCAUAUGAUGCAUUACUACACUGACCUAACAACAUCAUGAUGGUGUAAAUUUUUUUUAAAUUUAUUUUAAACUGCAUAAUGUCAAUGUCUGACAUCCUGGUGACUUUGUGACCAUAUGACAUCACAUGAUGGGGAAUCAUUUUAAAAAAGAAAAGGUUCAGAUUGUCUCUUGUCAUACUUUUUGUGGAGAUGUGUUAUGGGAAUUUUUUUUUUUUUUUACCAUAUUUUUAUUGACCUUGAGCUUUGACUAGCUUAAAUUUAAUCGUCUGGAGAUCCCCACCCAAGUGAUACUCCCACCAGGUUUGGUGAAAAUUCAGAUGGAGGAGAAAAAAAUACCCUGCUCACACAGCUAAGCUUAUUGAGCCUUACUUAUACAUUACAUGGUGCUUGUGACAUGUGCAUGACUUCACACAUGUUAACUUAAUGAAUCAUUGACAGUCUUGGUUGAGACAAACCAACCGACCGACUCUUUCCAUGUUUACAGUUAAUAAUUAAAACACAACUGAAUGUGUGUCUGUUUUGGAGACAGGCAGUAACUUGAAAUCCUGUUGCGAUGCUAUCUUUUCAAAAUGACUGACCAUGCAACAAGACAUACUGUACAGUCUGUGUUUGAAAUUAUGAUGAUGAUGUUUGCAAAUAAUAGCCAUAAUAACCUGACCUCACAGACUAAUGGAUAGUUGUGUGGAACGUGACAAAGGUUGUCUACACAUAUAAUCAUUUUGGGGAAACAAGUCAGCUGUCAUUUAAAUGAUUUUUAAUUUUGAAUAUGUAGUUGAUUUGAAAAUAGUUUAAUCAGCAACAAAGUUUACACUUUCAUAUACUGUAUAUGAAUGUAGCUGUGAUUCCUCUGUGACAAAAGGUUGAGCUGCAGUGACAAAAAAUGCAACUUUGCAUUCACUAAAAGGUUUCCUCGAUAUUUUUCUUUGAAAAUUCCAUUAUUAAUGACAUUGUCCCUUUUAUUUCCAUUAAAAAACGUUUACACUGAAGUCUGUAGAUUAUCUAGAAAACUAAAGACAGUUUUUUUUUUUUCAAAUCAGAGUUCUUCAAAUGUCAUAUGAAAGUUGUGGGCAACAUCAGUGUACUAUAACAACAUCGAUUACUGCAGCUUUAAUAUUCCUUCCUUUGAUAUCAUACUGUACAUGUAUACUAAUGUUACUAAUGCCAACAAUAAAGGCACAGACGCAAGUGCAUCAUAAAAAUCUAAUCAGUUUAAUUCAAGUAUUGAACAUUAAGGCAGUGUUUGUAUUGUGUCUAAAAUGAAAUUUAGAGCCCUACAAAAAAUGUAGCCACUACCAUGAUUCAAGUUGAGUUAUUACAUGGAAAUGUUUGAUGAGAAAAAAUAAAUUUAUGAAAUUACAAAAUGAUAAUGCUCAUUGCUGACAAACAAUAAUGUCAACAUCUUAUUACAAUCCACUUCACCUGCUCAUCUGUUUGACCUGAACGUGUUCACAUCUUAGUAAAAACACAUCAUACUUGGCACCUUGGGGAAUACCACUCACCUCUGGACUCAUGGAUAAGAGCCCUUUAUGGACAUUUACAAAGGCUUGAAGUGAUACAAAAAGGGGAGAAAUAGCUUAGUGACACAAGAUAUUAACCUGGGGGGGGGGGGGGGGGGGGGGAUCUCUAACAUUUAU